AUGGGACCUGAUGGCUCAUAUGUCGACGAUGCCUAUUACGAGGGGGAUUGGGAUCAAAGCGUGCCGUACAAGACGGUUGGGUUUGAUGUUCACAAGUAUGAACCCAAGACGGGAAAAAUGGUUUAUAUGGAUCGUAGCUUGGGUGGGUUGGCACUAUUCGUAGGCCCCCACGAAGGCUUUGCUCUCCCUGCUGACGACUACCAAGGGUUGAAGCCCAACUCCAUUUACUACACCGACAUGUAUUAUUUAGAUGCCGAGAAUCGGUAUGGAGGACAUGACAUCGGCGUAUUCAACUACGAAAACGAGACUUUCUCGCCAUGCUAUUAUCCAUGUGACUUGAAGAGCAUGACCACCAAGAUUUCGCCCAAUCCUAUUUGGUUUAGGCCAUCCCCUUGUGCAUUCAUUUAG